AUGUCCGACAAGAAGCGAGCAGGCGUGGGCCCAUACCGCAGAGACCCUGCCAUUGUCCCAAUGCUUUAUGGCGAGGGCUUUGGGUGGUACUAUGCACCUGAUGGAAAGCGCUAUUACGGGUGCGGCAAAAUCACUGAGGUGGGAGAUUGCCAUGAUAGUCGAUACAUCUAUUGUCAUGUAAGGCCCAAGUUCAACAGAGACGAUGGCAUAUAUGCCUUUUUUGACCCCGCUACUGGGGAGAGUAUGCCAAAGAAUUGCCUGCCUGGUAGCCUAAAUCCUGAAUAUUGUAGGAUUUGGUAUCUAUUGAAGGACCGUUGCCUGCCGGUCUUUAAUGGCGCCCCGGAAGUUGGUGAACAUUCCCCCGGAUUACAUCAAAUGGCUAAUGGGACGACGUAUAAGGGGAUUGGAAGGACUGUAUUCCCUAAACGAGCAGGCGUGACAUGGCUCUCGAUUGUGGAGCCCAUACCUGGUGAGACUGAAGGUUGUUACCAAUUCUUUGGCUGUAGAGGGAGGAAUGAUAUGCCCGAGUGGGCGUUCCCCCGUGGUCCGUAUCCUGGAUUCGAAAAGACCAGGAAGGAAACAGAGAGGCUCCCGGAUGAACAGGUCCGCGCCUCAUUUGGAUAUCUGGGUAUUUCAUAUAUGCCCAAUUUGGGAGAUGAGGCAAUUGGGUCGUAUGUUGCGCCUGAUGGACAGUGGUAUGUCGGCAAAGGGAAAAUUGUUGCUCUUGGGUGGAAUCCCUUUGCGCUGGGCUGUAAUAGCUAUAUCUAUGUCGAACCUAUACCAGGCAAACAUGGCGGCGAGUAUGACUUUGCGUUACUUUACACCAACGAGCGGAUGGCCAAUUUUGCGGACAGUCCACGCCCCGGCGAGGGACAGCUCCCAAGCCAAGAGAAGGAAACUGACAGUAGUAUGCCUGGCUGGCCUCCAUGGAACCGCUGGCGUGAUUUCCCCCGGAUCGAGCGUAUUCCUGCGCUCGGCGAGGAAUACCCUGGACGGUAUCUGCCACCUACUGCACCCAGGCGGGAGUUCUAUCUCGGGGUAGGCAAGGUUGUCAAGACGGGGACCACUGAACAUGGUCGUAUCUUUGUCCAAGUGGAGCCGAUAGAGGGCAAAGAAGAUGGCAAUUACCGGUUUUUUGACCCCUUUACCGGGAAGGAUAUGCCUGAAGUGUAUCUACCGUGGGCGCCUGGCAACCGGAUAAGGUUGAGGUCCAAGAAAGACAAGGAGGAUGUUGAGAUUCGUCUUUGGUUCUUCACGCGCGAGUUGACGUCUGCGACUGCAGAUGUUGCAGACAGUACAUGCGAAAGUGAUGGCACUUCGACACUCGGCAGUUUCAGUAUGUCUGAUAGUGAAUAA